UGCACCCACAAUCCAUAUAAACGACACAUGCCGUGCAUGGAGGCGCGGUCAUCCCUUGUCGUGAUUUCUGAUUAGAGAAAUGGCACUAGCAGCACUCCCUCUAUUCUCAAAUCCUCCAUGCCGUUGCUCUUCUUCACAUUCCCGUCAACCCUCAACCUUUUCCUCUCAUCUUCAAACUCAGCCCUUUAUCUCCCCACUCACCAAAUCACAACCGCCAAACAACAACUAUCUCCUUUUCCAAUUUCGGCCCUCCAUCAACUGCCGCAGCAGUUCUCACACACCCAAUCUCGACUUCCAAUACGUCAGACUUGUCACUUUGUUUCAAGAAAUCGGUAUCAGCUUUGAGGAAACCAAUUUGCUCUUGAGCAAUGCUUCCGAACUGACCUCGAUACAACUAGAUUUAUUACGGUAUCACAUUCUUUCUUUAAAGUCUCUUGGGUUAGGUCGUAUGUCCAUCAAUCACAUAGUUACAAAGCAAUUAAAUAUGCUAACUUCAAAUGAAAUUGAACCAUUGUUAAACUUUUUGAGAAAUGAAUUGCAAGGACAGGUUGAGGAAGCUAAGGUGAAACAUCUUUUAUCGGCUAAUCAGCCAAAAGAAUUAUCUGAUUUUCCUCAGAAGGUUCAAUUGCUUAUUGACAGUGGAAUUGGGGUUGAUAAGAUUGCACAUGUGCUUAACAAAGUGAGUUUGUCAAAGGCAAUUUGUCAUAAGUCAAUGGAAGAAAUUGAAAGAGUAAUUAGUUUCUUAAAACCAUUUGGUGGUGUUGAUUUGAUUCUGAAGCACCCUGUGCUUCUCAACCAUGAUUUGGAUAAUAAGCUGAAACCGAGAUUCAGGGUUCUUACUGAGUUAAGUGGCGGAGAUGAGGAUAGUGUUGGGAAAGUGGUGAAUAUGUUUCCUUCGAUCAUGCAUUUAAGGACAGAACGUCUUGAAGAACAAAUAGAGUUUUUGAGGUCUUUUGCAGAACUUGAUGAUCAACAAAUAUUUAGGAUAGUGUUGGUGUAUCCAUCUAUUUUCAAUAGUAAUAGAGAGAGGAAACUGCGUCCUAGAUUACAAUUUCUCAAGGAUUGUGGGUUAGACUCGGGCGAUAUCUUUAAAUUCUUGAUCAAAGAACCGACGUUUUUGGGCAUUUCGUUCCGCAAUAACCUUGAGUGUAAGCUUUUGUUUUUGGUCAAGAUUGGGUAUGAAUAUAGGACAAAAGAGUUGGCAAUGGCGAUUGCGGCUUCUACUAGAACAAGCUGUGGGAAUAUGCAGAAGGCGGUGAGUUUAUUCUUGAAUUAUGGGUUGUCGCCCGAAGACAUUUUUGCUAUGAGUAAGAAGCGUCCAGCGACGCUGCAGUAUAAUCCCGCCUCUCUAGAGAAGAAGAUUAAGUAUUUGACAGAGGAGAUGGAUCGUGACAUUCAGGAGUUGUUGGAUUUUCCUGCAUUUCAUGGAUACAAGUUAGAUGACGAAAUUAAGUAUAGGUAUGAAAUAAAGAAGGAUUCAUGCGGGGGACAAAUAUCUCUCAAUCAAGUUUUAACUGUUUCAAGUGAGAACUUCAGUGAUAGGCCAAAAAAGGCUUCUGUAAAAUCUAAAUUGGAAUAAAGGUUGAAAGGUUGAAGUCUUCAACUAUAUCAUUAAGAAGGAUUCUUCUGUCCCCAUCAUUUUCUGAAUUCUCUUCAGAAAACGAGUCACCAGAUGUAUUGGAAGAGGAUGCCAUUUCAAGUCUCUCUCUAAGGCUGAAGUUAAAUCUCACUGUCUGGAAAUUUGUACUUCCUGAAACUUCUUCCCUUCCUGCCGUAUUUGGUGUAUCUGAUACUGUAAUUGAGGAUCGCUUUAGCGUUAAACAGGGGACAGAUGAGUGGUAUGAGGCAUUGGAUAAACAUUUCAAGUGGCUUCUUCAAUAUAGAAUCAGCCCCUAUUUUUGCAAAUGGGCUGAUGGUAUGCGUGUUUUAACAUACACAUGUCCAUGGCCAGCGGAUCAUCCAAAAUCAGAUGAAUAUUUUUCAGACCCUCGGUUGGCAGCAUAUGCUGUGCCAUAUAAACAAGUAGUCUCCGGUAACGAUGCGGGGAAGGAUUUCUUGCACAAACAAGUUGAGAUAUUGAGAACCAAGAAUCACUGGAGAAAAGCUUACCUUUACUUGUGGGACGAGCCACUAAAUUUGGAACAAUAUGAUUCUCUUCGCAACAUGGCAAGAGACAUCCGUGCUUAUGCUCCAGAUGCUCGUAUUUUAACUACAUACUAUUGUGGGCCAAAUGAUGCACCUCUUGCACCUACUCCAUUUGAGGCUUUUGUAAAAGUUCCAUGUUUUCUGCGUCCUCAUAAUCAAAUUUAUUGUACAAGUUCUGGGUUGGAUGUUCCUGAAGUCUACUUCUUUAGCGAGACUCCAUUUAUGUGAAUGGGUCUUGGGAAAUUGAGAGGACCUGGUCAAGGAUAUUACUGCUGAAUUACAACCAGAGAAUGGUGAGGAAUGGUGGACAUAUGUCUGUAUGGGACCAUCAGAUCCUCAUCCAAAUUGGCACCUUGGUAUGCGAGGCACUCAACAUCGGGCUGUCAUAUGGCGUGUGUCGAAAGAGGGUGGCACAGGAUUUUUGUACUGGGGUGCUAACUGCUAUGAGAAAGCAACUGUAGCCAGCGCAGAGGUGAUUGUCUAGCUUGUUUAUGUUAUGUUACGUUGGAAAAUUAUGUAUCCGUUAGAACUUGCUAUACUGUACUGUUACUUUUCUUCCAUUUAUAUAUUUUUGUGACAGAUAAAAUUCAGGCAUGGCCUUCCUCCUGGGGAUGGAGUUCUGUACUAUCCUGGUGAGGUAUUCUCAACUAAUGAACCGGUGGCUUCUCUUAGACUAGAGCGCCUACUCAGUGGCUUGCAGGAUAUCGAAUAUCUGAGACUUUAUGCUUCAAGAUAUGGUAGGGAUGAAGCAACUGCGCUUUUGGAUAGAAUGGGAGUUUAUUUUGGUCCUGAACGUUACACACACGAACACAUACCAAUUGAUGCAAUGAGGGGUCAAAUAUUCAAUUCGUGCCGGUAGUGAUUUUCUGUACUGAUAUGCUAAAAGAUUCAAGGGGUUCAUUUAGCAACUGUUGAAAAAUCCAGGCAUAGUUUUAAAAGAUGCAUCAAUCUUCACUUCAUCUCGUUGUGGUAUUUAUAUAUACUCAUCAUAUUGUAGUGGAUACUGUAAACUCUAGGUACAUAUAUUGAAACGUUGUUAGAUGAGAAAUCUUUUGUUUGUGCCGAAAUAGGAACUUCAACCUUACUCUAUCACGAUGAGAAAUCGCAGUUUAUUUGCAGUUAUUAAUUAGGCCCACAUAAGAGUUGUAUAUACUGGCUCAUUUCACUUUUAGCCUGCAUGAUACAACGGUAAAUUUUGGUGUUUAUUUA